AUGUCGGCGAGAUUGGGUCUGAAUGCCGGCCCGGUCACGGUGAUCAGGCAGGCGAUGCGCAUCGAGCAGCCAGAUCCGGUGCCGGCGUCGCGAUGGACUAAGACGCCGUCGGAAGCGGACAAUGGCGUCGACAGGCCCAAAGGGGCAGGUGCAUGCGGCGAGGCGAGUAAAUUCGCCGCCGCACAGCGCUGCAACCCACCGCAGCAUCGCUCUUCUCCGCAUCGACGAAGAACCCCUCAGCCCCUCUUCUGGACCAUGGACAGGCGUCGGGCAGCCAAUGAGAGCGACUGGCUAGCCGGCGAGUCACGGCCAGUGGAGGCAGGUGCUGCCGGUCGCUGUCCACAGCUGGGGCAGGUGCUACUGUCUACACCCCUCCGGCCGUUAAAAACGACAGAGCCCCCUCGCUUCGCCCUUCUUCUUGGGUGA